GGAUCCAUGGCAGCCUGGCUGCCCCGCUGCUGCUUUCCUGCCCUGCAGGGCUGUUUCCCAGCCUGGCCUGGCUGCAGCUUCUCCCCAGCCUCUGCAGGAAGGCAUUUGGCAUCAGCUGGCAGGGAGCCCAAACUGCACCAUGGGCCCGAGAUGCCUGCAAUUUCCCGGUCUCCGGAGAUGAAGCGAAAGGCUGUGCUGAAGGCAGCAUUUCCUGGAGGAAGCAGUGGCCCAUUGGCAGCCCCUGCUGCAGGAAGUGAGGCGAUGCCAGGCACAGUCACAGGAGCUUGGGAUGGCGACAUGGCUUAUCGGGAUGCCCUACUGGAUGACAGCUUGGAGAAUUCUCUUGGAGAGAUUCUCUUGGAGAAUGCUGGAGGUCCUUCUCCAUGGAAGAACUCAGACACUGGGGACAAGAAAUCCCUGGAGGCAGCCAGACACCUGGACCAGAUGCUGAGUGAUCUGGAGAGACGCCGUGAGAUGAACCGAAAGGCUGUGCUGAAGGCAGCAUUUCCUGGAGGAAGCAGUGGCCCAUUGGCAGCCCCUGCUGCAGGAAGUGAGGCGAUGCCAGGCACAGUCACAGGAGCUUGGGAUGGCGACAUGGCUUAUCGGGAUGCCCUACUGGAUGACAGCUUGGAGAAUUCUCUUGGAGAGAUUCUCUUGGAGAAUGCUGGAGGCAAGUUUUCUGUGUGCCUUUCCUGAGAGAAUAAUCAGUGCCUCAUGAGCCAUUUCCCUUAGCAGCAUCACAGGGUUGAAAGAUUCUGGAAAACUUGCCCGGCUCCAUUCUGGAUCCCUGAGGGAUCCCACAGAAUGGCUGUCAGUGGCAGGAAGGAGCAUUUAGCUGUCCAUCUUC